GUCGCAUUUACUUUCAAUUCCACACAGUUGUAAUGUUUUGAUUCAAUCGACAACAGUGAAAAUGGAAGCCACGAAAAGGCAAUUCGAUGGAAAAGUGGUAGUGAUAACGGGAGCCGGUGGCGGCAUAGGCGCUGCCGCUGCAAUACUAUUUGCUAAGCUAGGAGCGUCCAUGACUCUUCAGGGGUCCAGUAACGAAGACUUGCACGCUGUGGUAAAAGAAUGCGAAAAAACUCACGUAAUAAUUAUGCCGUCAGACAUAACUAACGAAGAACACAGAAAAGCGAUGAUCGACAAAACAAUCGAACGAUUCGGUCGCUUGGACGUUUUGGUGAACAACGUGGGUAUUUGGGAAAGCGGGUCGAUCGAAACCACGACUCUGGGACAGUUCGACAGGGUGAUGGACGUAAACGUCAAGUCUGUUUUCCACUUGACCACUCUGGCGGUUCCCCAUUUGGUGAAAACUAAAGGAAAUAUCGUCAAUGUCAGCAGUUUGACUGGAAUUAGAGCGAUGACUGGCAUGGUGGCAUAUUGUGUUUCUAAAGCUACCUUGGACCAAUUUACCAGGUGCAUAGCUGUUGAAUUAGCUUCUAAACACGUCCGAGUGAACUCCGUAAAUCCAGGAGUCAUCGCGACAGACUUUUACCUAAAAUCAGGAAUGAGCAGGGAACAAUACGAAGCGUUCGUGGAAAGAUGCAAAACGACACAUGCGAUGGGGAGGGUGGGAAAACCCGAGGAAAUUGCCAGCGCCAUCGUAUACCUCGCCAGUGACGGAGCAGGUUUUAUAACAGGUGUUAACUUGUCGGUGGACGGUGGAAAGGCAGUCACGUGUCCAAGAUAGAUGUCGAUCCUUCUCAAAUUAUUCUGAAAAAUUUUUGGUUUGACAGAUUGUUUUUUUUUUAAAGGCAAAACAUUUAGUUAGUUUUUAGAUGUUGAUGUUUACUAUUCAUGUGAUUUUUUUUACUUUUUUCACUUUUAUAUGAAUAACAACCUUCAAAUUUUGAAUUUCGAAUCGUAUAUCAAAAAAGGAAACAGAAAAGUCAAAGUUUUUUCACUUUAAUGGGUACGUAAUGAAAGCACAAAUUUUGCAAAAGCGUAGGUAGAACUUUGGUAAGCUCUUCAGGGUAAGCUAGGGAGAGAUAAUAAUGAAUAUUCAGAUUCCUGGUGUUGACGCAAACUUUAAACCUUUAGAUAGAUAAUAAUAAUAAUUAUUAUAAACCAUUUUUUAUUAAAUUAAAUCCCGUGUAACGUUGUACUUUAUAUUUACUAUUUUUCAGGGCGCCCACAUUUGCAAUUAUUUAACAAACCUUAUGUGACAUGUAGUUUAUCCUUAUUCUUCAGAUUAUGGUAAACAUUUUAGUUUUAUUCUAAUUGUAAUUUUACGACAUUAUAUUGGCUUAAUAAAGUACAUUUUACAAGUACGGGUACUAGUUCGGGAUUAUUAAACACUAUCGUUGUCAGAAGCCCCCAGUUUGCGAACCUUGUCAGCCAGGAAACAAAUCAUUUUUUAAUAUCCUCGCAAAGCUUCGUGCGAUAUCUGAAUGCACUCCUACGUGUCCGGAAUUCUAAAACAGAGAAAGCUCCCGACUCGAAACUUUAAGCAAAUGUAACUCCUUAUCUGUAUAUUUUUCUUCUAGAAGUCGUCCAACUUAUGGUAAAGAGGGACAUAAAGCUUCUACUGAUCUUUUCGUAAUCCGGACGCAUGGCGCCAAAUUUGACGAGGCCGUUUCGAGCUUCUCCAAAAAUUCAUUAAACGCCCGUCUAACCGUUUAUGUAAUCAAAUCACGCCCCCGUUCGGGUGUACGAAGCCCGCAAAUAUAAACAUCAAAACUGCCUUACGCCGC